AUGGCUUUAAAAGCUCAAGUGGGCCACAAAAUAAUGCAAGAAGUGAUCAAACACAAAGGGCCUAAGAAAAAUGGACCAAUUAAGCAUGGAACUACGGAAUGGAGAGUGUUAGUAGUUGAUCAAUUGGCAAUGAGAAUGGUUUCGGCUUGUUGUAAAAUGCAUGAUAUUUCUGCCGAGGGAAUCACAUUGGUUGAAGAUAUUGCCAAAAAAAGAGAGCCGCUUCCAUCGAUGGAAGCGAUUUACUUAAUCACACCCUGCGAAAAGUCAAUUCAUUUACUUAUGAAUGAUUUCGAGACCCCCCGCCCUAUGUAUCGUGGCGCCCACGUAUUCUUCACAGAGGCUUGUCCUGAUACCUUGUUUAAUGAGCUAAGCCAUGCUCACGUUGCCAAGUAUAUUAAGACCCUAAAAGAAAUCAACAUAGCAUUCAUUCCUACUGAGCAACAGGUAUUCUCGUUGGAUUCUCCGGGAACAUUUCAAUGCUUUUAUGAUCCAUCACUUGCCGCCGCCAGAAAUGCGAAUAUGGAAAGGAUGGCGGAACAAAUAGCUACUUUGUGUGCUACGUUGGGCGAGUACCCUUCAGUCCGUUAUCGAAGUGAUUGGGAACGAAAUGUUGAAUUGGCACAAUUGAUUCAACAGAAAUUGGAUGCGUAUAAAGCCGACGAGCCGACAAUGGGUGAAGGUCCUGAAAAAGCCAGAUCUCAAUUGCUUAUUUUAGACAGGGGCUUUGAUUGUGUUUCGCCUUUACUCCAUGAGCUCACCUUCCAGUCAAUGGCUUAUGAUUUAUUACCUAUCGAAAAUGAUGUAUAUCGCUAUGAGGCUUCCGCUGGUGCUGUUGAAAAAAAAGAGGUGCUAUUGGACGAAAAUGACGAACUUUGGGUUGAGCUUCGUCAUCAACACAUUGCAGUAGUGUCGCAGAGUGUAACAAAGAAUUUAAAGAAGUUUACCGAUUCAAAACGUAUGACACAAACAGAUAAACAAUCCCUAAAGGAUUUGUCCCAAAUGAUUAAGAAGAUGCCUCAAUAUCAAAAGGAGCUGUCCAAGUAUUCUACUCAUUUGCAUUUGGCAGAAGAUUGCAUGAAAGCAUACCAAGGUUAUGUUGACAAGCUAUGCAAAGUUGAACAGGAUCUCGCUAUGGGAACAGAUGCGGAAGGCGAACGAAUUAGAGAUCACAUGCGUAAUAUCGUGCCAAUUUUGUUAGAUCCCAAAAUUACGAAUGAAUACGAUAAAAUGCGUAUAAUCGCUUUAUAUGCACUCGCCAAAAAUGGAAUUACAGAGGAGAACUUGUCAAAAUUAGCUACACAUGCGCAAAUUAAAGACAAGCAGAAGAUUGCAAAUCUUCAGUAUCUUGGCGUGAAUGUUAUUACAGAUGGCAGUAAUCGCAGAAAGCAGUAUACGGUUCCUCGCAAGGAACGCAUCACCGAGCAAACAUACCAAAUGUCUAGAUGGACGCCAAUCAUUAAGGAUAUAAUGGAAGAUUGUAUAGAGGACAAACUUGAUCAUAAACAUUUCCCAUUUUUGGCCGGAAGAGCUCAAACUUCUGGGUAUCAUGCGCCCACAAGUGUACGAUAUGGUCACUGGCAUAAGGACAAAGGUCAACAGACAGUAAAGAAUGUACCUAGAUUGUUGGUGUUUGUCGUCGGUGGAAUAUGCUUCUCGGAAAUUCGCUGCGCAUACGAGGUAACAAAUGCUGUCAAGAAUUGGGAGGUGAUCAUCGGUUCGUCCCACAUACUUACGCCUGAACUUUUUCUAAGUGAUUUGGCCACGUUAGGAGGCUAG